CCUGGGGAGGUCGGAGCGGGGCGCGGAGACCGCUGGGAAGAUGGCGGGAUUUGGCCUGGCGUCUGUGGCUGCCUGGGAUCCUUGUCGGAGAUGGGGCUCCACGGCCUUCGGCUUUCACCGUGGCCUCAGCGCGUUACUUGCACGGAAGCCGGAGAGAACGCCACGGUGGCUCCCAGCUUGCGGACAAAAGUCAUCAGUCUCUUUCCUUAGUCGACCAGACCUUCCCAACCUGGCUUAUAAAAGACUAAAAGGCAAAAAUCCAGGAAUUAUCUUCAUCCCUGGCUAUGUUUCUAGUAUGAAUGGUACAAAAGCAUUGGCGGUUGAGGAGUUUUGCAGCUCUCUAGGUCACGCCUAUAUAAGGUUUGAUUACUCAGGAGUUGGAAAUUCAGAUGGUAACUUACAAGAAUGUACAGUGGGAAGAUGGAGAAAAGAUGUUCUUUCUAUAAUUGAUGACUUAGCUGAGGGACCACAGAUAUUAGUUGGAUCUAGCCUUGGUGGAUGGCUUAUGUUUCAUGCCGCAAUUGCACGGCCACAAAAAGUUGUGGCUCUUAUUGGUGUAGCUACAGCUGUAGAUGGCCUAGUGACACAGUUUAAUCAGCUUCCUCUUGAGGUAAAAAAAGAAAUAGAGAUGAAAGGCGUGUGGAACAUGCCAUCAAAAUACAGUGAAGAAGGAGUUUAUCACAUUCCAUACAAUUUAAUCAAAGAGGCUGAACACCACUGCUUGUUACAUAGUCCUAUUCCUGUGACCUGCCCUAUCAGAUUGCUCCAUGGCAUGAAAGAUGACAUCGUGCCUUGGCAUACAUCGAUACAGAUUGCAGACCGAGUAGUCAGCAGGGAUGUAGACGUCAUCCUCCGAAAAGAUAGUGAUCACCGAAUGAAGGAAAAAGCAGACAUUCAACUUCUUGUUUGCACGAUUGAUGACUUAAUUGAUAAGCUUUCAACUGUAGUUAACUAGAGUCACAGUUUUAGUUGGUGUGUGAACUGAUGGAUCCAGAAGAUUGGAAGAGAGAGAACAAAAGGAAGACCCUGAUACUCAGAAAAUUUUUUCCUCUUAAUCUCUAUUUUGUAAUUAUCACAUGAGUAUUUAUUUAAUGAUGUAUUAGCACUUAAGUGAUACAAAUUGUGAAGAAAGUACAGACUGUCUGUAUCCUCAAGGGAUUGGUUUCAGGAUCCCACCUCCAACAACCCCUCAGACACCACAAUCUGAGGAUGUUCAAGUCCAUUAUAUAACAUGGCACAGCCUUUGCAUACAACCUACGAACAUCCUCCUGUGUACUUUAAAUCACCUCUAGAUUAUUUAUAAUAUCUAAAACAAUGUAAUGCUGUGUAAAUAUUUGUUAUACUGUAUUGUUUAGGGAUCAACUUUCUGGAAUUUUUCUUAAAAUAUUUUUGAUCCAUGGUUGGUUAAAUCCAGCGCUGUGGGAUCUGCAGAUAUGAAGGGCUGACUAUACCAGCUGCUGUUUGGAAAAUUUUCUCCUUCGUUCAAUUUCUGAUAUUUUUUUCAUUAAAAUAUUUUCUGUUUUUUCAUUAAAGAGAUGUUUAACUUCUAAUGCUUUUGCUAACUGUGCCAGCUUUUAAUUGUGUUCUCUUCUUAGAAUUAUUAAUAAAGCUUAAUUUUGGGG